AUGAUGCCGUCUCCUUCGUUUACUGAUGCGGAGUGGCGUCGUUUGGUUAAGUCUCAAAAUCAAAUUGAGGAGGAGGAGGAGGCUAUCCUAGCUAAGCUCCUUCGGCUCCGAAAGCAGAAACGUUUGUUGCAAAAACGUGCUGGCGAUUUCAUCGCUCGAGACUUCAAGGAAGUCGCCGAGUUAGAAGAGUUGGAGCGUCGCGAGGUUGAAGAGCGCGAACGCCUUGAAAAAGAGAGGCUCGAACAAGAGCGUCUCGAAUCCGAACAAAAUGAGCGUGCUGCAGAGAGUACCCGUGCCGCGACCGGGGUUCCUUUAUCUGCUGUGGCCGACGGCCAAGUCCUUGCGGCGUCGUCAGAGGAUCCUACUCUGACUUAG